AUGGGGGCCCCGAGGUGUGGGCGGGCGUUGCUGGCCGCGCUCACAGCGCUGCUGGCGCUCGCGCCCUCCUUGGCCGAGCUGGAUGUUACUACCGUCGCUGUGUUUGAUCCCUCAAAACGUGGAAAGAUGAUGUAUGGUGACACAUGUUCAACGGUGAUGGAGUGUGGUUACCCUGACUCCGUGUGUGAUGAGGUGCAUAAGAUCUGUCGCUGUCACCCUGAUGUACCGGUCACUAAUCAUGUGGAUAAAUGUGGAAAACCUGCUGGCAUCAACGAAAGCUGUAUUUUCAAUGAGCAGUGUGAGGACGUUGUGUUCAAAACUGAGUGUAGGAACGAUCGGUGCGUGUGCAAGUAUGAAUUGGUCGCUGAGGUGUCAGUGGAUGGUGGCAUUGUGUGUAACCCGGAAAAGGAAAUAGAAAUCUCUACCAAGACUCUGGACCCGGCUAUGAUUGGAGUACUGGUUGGUAUGGCGCUGAUGUUCGUCAUUAUUUGUGUCGUUUUGCGGCUCUUUAGCAGAGCCCGAUGGAGGGAGAACAGAACAAUUUUUAACACCCCUAAUCCACGACUCAUGAACGUGUCUCUACUAAGAGACUCAAAACUUUUGCAUGCUCAGGAUCGACGUGGUUCUCGAGUAAGCGUUCGACCUCCGUCACGACAAGCUAGCCAGCAGGAACUGAGACCUCAUUCACCAAGUCCAGCACGUCCUCACCAAAGCCAUCAGCUCCACAGAAAACACUCAGGUUCUCGUCGUGGUUCGAAAGCAAGCAGUGGUCAUUCGGGCACCUCUUUAAGGUCAGCUACUCUUCGAUCCCCUAACACAACGGGACCCACUUCGGUUACCGUCGAAAUACGUCCACCAGACGCUUGA